AUGAACCAGCUGAAAACACAAACACAAAUAUGGCUAAAGCGUGCUGGGUCGAGACGCAAGAACAUCGGUCUGGUGCGAUAUGAUCUAGAAGCAGUGUCUAUCGAAUUGACUCACAACUCAUGGUGUGGGGAUAGGGCUGUUAGCACCCUAGAGGACUGGAGUCGGUAUGCGAUGGGGAAGAAAUCCGGUCAGGUAGCAAAAUGGCGGGCUUGGUGA